AAGUUGUUCCGUUUAAAACUCAAAAUCUGUGACUUUAUUAAUGGCUAGAGUUGCUUUAUUCUCAACAUCAACAGGCAUUGGAUGCACUUAUUACACCAACAAUUGGACCAUCGUAAAAGGCUUAUAUUACUGCUUUAUUAAUAAUGAUCCAAGAAUAACAUCUCGAGAGUCAGCAAAGAUAACUUCAAUUACUGGAAAUCAUAAAAUUUGGAAGUCAAAUGUCGAUGUUCAAGGCUUCCAUAUUGAUGUUAGAACAAUUAAUUAUUUCCCACGUUUUGAAGCUUUUUUCGUGAAUGUCAAGCUGAUUUGCAUCUACAAUAGUAAUCUUAAGGAAGUCCAUCAAGAAGAUUUGAAGCCAUAUCCAAGAUUAAUUGAGAUUGCUUUGCAUUAUAAUUCUAUUGAGGUUCUUGAAGAGGGUCUGUUUGACUUUAAUCCUGAUUUAGUGUAUAUUGAUAUGUCCAACAACAAAAUUGUCCAUGUUGAGCCAAAAGUCUUUGAUCAUUUAAGUAAAUUAAUGACUUUACACUUGGAUUCAAAUAUUUGUAUUAGCAUUGGCGCCUCCAAUUCAAGACCAGCUGUCACAAACCUUCUCCUUGCUAUUAUUUCUGGAUGCAGCAAUGCAGAAUUUUCAUCACUCAAAAAUCAACUUGACAACCUCGAAAGUGAAGCUAAAUCUUUAAAUUCCGAGGAGUUUAGAGGAAAAUUGACAACUUAUGAGAAAACUUUAAUCUCCUCCAAAUUUGCCAACUUUCGUCCUUUAAACUACAAAUUUGAUGUUCUUAAGAAUCUCAAAAUUGAGCAAUUGAAUCAAGUCAAGACAUCAGAUUUAGAUGCACAACUAAGAACCCUUAACGACCUAAUGACUAAAAUGUCAAUAGAUGUAAAUGAUCUAAAGUCAUCCACAAAUCAAUGCUUAGCUGACUAUAACAUCUCGAUAAGUCCCUUCAAAUCAGUUCAAGAUCAAUUCGACAUUAAAUCCUCAAUUGAAGGCAUUUCGGCAACACUCAAGUUAUCAAAAAAUGAGCUUAAAAUGUCAGUAAUGGAGAUGGAAAAUACACAAAAAUCAUUUGGUGAUAAAAUUGAGAAUCUUGAAGGACAAAUUGUUGACUUGAAGGCUGAUAAUGCUGAGAAGUUUGCUCAAAUUAGGAAGGAACUGAGCAGCACACGUCACAAGAUCGGAACAACAAUUGAUGAGAAGAUUAAAGGAAUUGAGAAGCGAAUCUUGAGGAAGUUUGAGGAUAUUUUGGAGGAUAAAUUGAGGCAAAUCUUCGAAGCAAAUGUUGAAAAGUUUAUUGAAGGCUAAGAGCGGGCAAUUCAGGGUUAAAAAGUGAACGGACUAAAUGUUUUAAAAUUAUUUUCAAUUCAAUCAAAUUUUUGGUUAAUGAAGAAUGAAAGCUUUGGAUUUUUU